AUGUAUAGUCGAGAAAGUAGCCCAUUGGAGUCGAGUUCCAGCCUUUUCAAGCCACCGUCUGGUCUUCAACUGCAGGCCUCUGCGGGAUGUAUCACGAACACAAUUGGCGGAAACCAGAUUCACUUGACUUCUCUCACAGGUUCUUCGACAGCCUCGGCUACGCAGAUAAAUUCUGGAUUAAUGAAUACUGCUGCAGCAUCAAUUACAACUUCUGUAUUUACUACCACGACUACUACUACUCCCUCUGUCGCCUCCACUAAUCCCGUCUUCCCUUCCUGCUCAUCCGCCUCAUCCAGUUGUUCUUUAUACUCUUACUAUAGUUCCAAUGCCUCCUCCUCAUCCUCCUCAUCAUCUUCAUCGUCAACACAUUCCUCUCAGUCUUCCAGCUCCGCAUAUUUCUCUGGUGCCUCGUCUUCAUCUGCAGCCGUUUCUCCUCUUGCCGGAGCCUUCUCCUCAUUGCCUUCAGCUGCCUUGCCAGCUGGUGGAAAGCUGCAUCAUGGCUCUCUUGCUGGGUCUAAUAGUGGAAGCACUGGAAGCAAUGGCAAUGGGGCUAGCAACAUUGUGACUAGUCUACCUGGAUCUAUUUCAGCCUUGGGCGGAUUAGCAGAUGGCUCUGUAAAGCUUGGUUCAUCUGGGCUCGGUUCACCUCCUUCGACUCCGUUGAGCGUAGAUAUGAGUCUUGUAAAAUCUAUCGAAUCGGUCUAG